AGAAAGAUUAGAUGUAGAGUUCAUUGAGGGAGCGAGUGUCUAGAAACGAGAUGAUUGAAAGGAUCACCAAUUCGCUGGAUAGGAAAAGCCAUGUGCUGCAGCUGUGAUGAUUUUGGAUGACAAGAUCAAUAAAAAAGAUAUUGCCCCUUUUACUUUUUCAUUGACAGAUCUUACAGCCAUCAUGACAUUUAUACAUAAAUGUGUACAUGAGUAUGUUAUUAUAUUUGUAUUAUACAUCGACAUGUACUGUGUAUGUAUAGAUAUAUUUUUGCAAGAGUUGGAAGCAUAUUGCAUGCAUGUUACGACAGAUCACUGCUUCUACGCAUGUGAAUCAGCUAUGUACAUGUAGUGAUUGAGAAAGUGAAUUUUAAUUCCUUUAUUCUUUUCUAUUUUAAUUUCGAUUAACAAAGAAAGCAAUUACUUACUGCACAUGAAUUAAAUGAAUAUUAUAAAGCAAAAAAAGAUAA